AUUUCAGCUGUUAUCGAUAAUUAAACCAUUACUGGCACUUUGCCGACGCUGACUGUCAAAAAAAAAAGGAAAGAGCAAGAAACUUGCUUUGUGUUUGUUGUAGCUGCCAACAAAAUUCAACAUAAAUUAAGUAAAAACUUUGAUUAAACACAAGUCGUUUAAAUACCAAUCAGUCGAAUAUCAUCAUGGAUCGUUUGCUACGUUUAGGUGGCUCAAUGCCACAGGCCGCUCCACCAACAGACGCCCCUGUCGUGGACACAGCCGAGCAGGUGUACAUCUCAUCCCUGGCACUAUUGAAGAUGCUGAAGCACGGACGCGCCGGCGUACCCAUGGAGGUGAUGGGUCUGAUGCUGGGCGAAUUUGUGGACGACUACACGGUCCAGGUGAUCGAUGUGUUUGCGAUGCCACAGACGGGCACAGGCGUUUCUGUGGAGGCCGUGGAUCCCGUAUUUCAGGCCAAGAUGCUGGACAUGCUGAAGCAGACGGGGCGACCAGAAAUGGUAGUCGGCUGGUAUCACUCUCAUCCCGGUUUCGGCUGCUGGUUAUCCGGCGUGGAUAUCAACACGCAACAGUCGUUUGAAGCGCUGUCCGAGCGUGCCGUCGCCGUUGUCGUUGAUCCCAUACAGUCUGUCAAGGGCAAAGUGGUAAUUGAUGCCUUCCGCCUAAUCAAUCCCAAUAUGCUGGUGCUGGGCCAGGAACCACGCCAGACCACCUCCAAUCUGGGCCACUUGCAGAAGCCAUCGGUGCAGGCACUGAUCCAUGGCCUUAAUCGUCACUACUAUUCCAUCAGUAUCAAUUACCGCAAGAAUGAGCUGGAGCAAAAGAUGCUUCUCAAUUUGCACAAGAAAUCAUGGAAGGAUGGUCUCACAUUGGCCGACUACAACGAGCACUGCUCCAUCAACGAAGACACAGUCGCCGAGAUGUUGGAUCUGGCCAAGAACUACAACAAGUCACUCGAGGACGAGGAGAAAAUGACGCCCGAGCAGCUGGCGAUUAAGAAUGUGGGAAAGCAGGACCCGAAACGGCAUUUGGAGGAGAAAGUGGAUAAGGUUAUGCAGAAUAAUAUUGUACAGUGCUUAGGAGCCAUGCUGGACACAAUUGUCUUUAAAUAAAAUAUUGCAUUUGCUAUUAAAAGAAUAAAACCAACCCUAAAAAAAAGAGAACACAAAAAUCACACCCAUACACUAACAAAGAAAAUAAAAACUGCUUUCUGUUUAGAGCAAAGUUUUACACAAA